GCAGACACAGAUAAUUUCUGUAUGCUAAGUGCAAUAUGUAAAAAACACGGAAAUCUGAUGGCGUCUGAAAAAGGAACAGACGCUGAGCAAAGACACUUCAGAGAACACAGAACUGGCCUUUCGAAGAGUGAGAAAGAGCAUUCAUUCAUUCUAGACACAGGAGUGUUUAGAGAAAUGGAAGAUCCUCAGCAAGGGACGCGAGGAAUGAAAGAAGGGAAACAGGAGAGCGGGGAGCAGAAGCCGCGGAAGCACCGCGGUUCGCUGCUGGUAACAAGUCAGGUCAUGAUGAUGGGCAGCGCCCGCGUGGCGGAGCUGCUACUGCUCCACGGCGCGGACCCCAACUGCGCAGACCCCGCCACCCUCACCCGGCCGGUGCACGACGCCGCCCGGGAGGGCUUCCUGGACACGCUGGCUGUGCUGCACCGAGCGGGGGCGCGGCUGGAUGUGCGCGAUGCCAGGGGUCGCCUGCCCGUGGACCUGGCUGAGGAGCGGGGCCACCGCGACGUUGCCCGGUACCUGCGCGAGGCCGCAGGGGGCACCGAAGGCGGUGGCCACGCCCAUACAGGCAGACGAGAUGAUCCUGACUUAGAAGAUCAUGGAGAACCAGAGACCGUUUCUUCAUCGUGAUCUUCUUUCCCUUUACCCCGUUUUCAUUUAUAAACAUUAAAGAAAAACAACCCCAA